AUGGCGGAUCUUUGGAAAAUUUGGAGCGAAAAAGAAAAACAAGCUUUUUAUCAAGCCAUGGAAAUUGAUCCUGACUACAAAGCCCUGCAACUUUAUUUUCUUCAGCUCAGAAAAGUGAUGAUUAUUUAGAACCAAGGCCGAGAAACAGCAGAAAAAGUAAAAUUAUUAUAUUAUCGCGGUUUAAUUACUAUAAAAAAACUCUGUGAAUCAGCAGGAAUGCCCUUGAAUUCCAGUCUCCCUAACCCAGAAUUUUUCAAACUCAGUAAUUUCGAUUUAACCUCCUUAGGCUCUUCAUCACACCUUAAAAAAGAAGUGAGAGCCCUUUCAAAAAAUAUGACCCUUUUCUCAGUAAAAAAUAUUUAGAACUGUAUGAAAGCUUUAUCUUUCACUGUAAAAUCCAAAUAUAACCAUCCCCAAAAAUCCUUAUUAGGCAUCCCUCCACUUUUGCGUCAAUCUGACGAAGAUCGAAUUUGUCAAUUUUGUGGGAAAAAUAAAAAUAGAGGAAGUUUUGUACUGAAGUAUUUUUUAUAUAGAGGAGUACCUGAUACUUUAAACGUCCAAUUAUUGCCGUUUAGCCCAAAUUAUCACAAAGCGCUCGUAAGGCAUGGAUUUAACCCUAGAUUGGAAUUAUAUAUGAGGUCUAAUAUGCUGCUUAUUGAGGUCUUAGAUCAUCUUAAGGUAAAGUGAAACCCUGCAUUUAUAGAGAGCUCUACGAAUGAUUAUAUGAUAGGACUAUUGGCAUCAUGGGAAGGAAAAUUAAUUGAAUUUAAUAGAAGCCAGGAGAAAAUUACUAUUGGGGAUAUUUAUUUAAGCUUGGAAUCACCUGUGCCAUGGCAGCUUUAUUAUUAUUGGAAGCAGAUAGGAGGAGUUUUCCCUGAGCCUCAGCCAAUUAAUAACGAACAAUCUGUGCUGACAAGUUCGCUGUAUUCUAAUUCUAUAUUCCCUACCGAAGAAAAAUCAAACUCUGCUGCUUCUUUGGACAAAAAAGACAAAUCCUUUUUAUUAAGAAGCCCUAACAAGCAGCUGUUUACAAAGACAAAUAAAGAAGUUUUUUCUAAAAGCACUGACGAGAAAUCAAAACUUUCUGCUUAUGAAAGUGCUUUGAUAGAGUUUAAAACUGAAGGAGAAGAGAGCAUGUUUUCUACGUGGUUUUCGUUUAAUAAGAAUCCUAAUUAUUAA